AUGUGGGGUGGAAAAUGUGCCUGCCUUGUGUCACGGGAUGACUUUUUCAGAGUCUUCCUUCCGUGUGGCAUUAGACUUGAUUGCCUCUCAAACAAGCUACGUCAGCCUCCUUACUACAAAACAAGAUCAAACCAAGCAAGAACAAUCACAAGAGCAGGAACGCUAAAGAACAAACAAGAGAGUUUGGGAGAAUAUGUGCUUGUAUUGCUACUCAAAUGCUUUACAAGUUGUGAGGUGAGGAUACACAAUGAGACAUCCUCCUUAUAUAAUAUUCCUAUCCCACCUACCACCACAAUAGAUGACUAA